UGCUUGAUAGCGUCUGGUCUAACAACGCACAUUCAACACACUAACACACCCAGUAUGUGUGCUUAGUGUUGAGAUCUAUACAAAUCACUAUUGAUGAAACAUUGCUUACAUAUUUAACUCAAAACAAUGUCUAUAUCCAUAUUUACAAAAAAAUGUUGCUGAGAAACUGAUUUAUUUUUAAAUAAAUACAUCAUAUAUUAGUCAGGUUGCACAGAAGUCAUGUCACUGCUGGUCUAUAUAAGUUUAUUUGGACUUGCCUCUAGUCAGACUAUCAGAUUAUCGUUUCAUUUGGACUCCUCACAGCCUGAUGUUGAUGGAAGCGCCAAAGAUUUGAGCGUCAUUCCGAUUAUCUCUAGGACUAUCUACAGUAUAUUUUGUUAUGGAGCGGUGGGUGACAGAUUUGUACUGAGAAUGGACCCUAACACAGCGCAUAUGGAGAUCGUAGACAGGAGCAUCCGAUUCAACAACAGCACUCAAGGCAUCGACUCCUGCAUGCCGGCUUUCAAACCCGUCCAGUGCACAACUACUCACUUCUGCUCCCCCAGCAACAACUGCGUGGUCAACUUGGCUAUCGACUGCGGUCUGGUCCACGGCUCGGACAGGUGGGAGCGUACGCCGCAGAUAGAGGCAACGCUCCAGAACAUUCACGGAGAGCUGGUGUUAAGGGAUUGCUUCGUGAUGUGCCUGGACAGCGGUUACGUGGAAGAGGUCAAGGACUCCGGGCCUCAGGGGCUCUCCUACACGGCCAUCGGUCUCAUUGUUUCGGGCAUUGUGAUAGUGGCGGCCAUGUUUGUUGCAGGAUGCGUGAUUUGGAAGCUGAGAGUGAUACGAAAAAUUAAUCGUCAGCCCCACCAUCAUCAUAUGCAUUUCGCGAAAUAAUUGAAAUUACUAGAACAUUUGUUAACAAUUAUUUUUCUCAAAAUUGAAUCUUUAUUUUAAAAUGUAAUUUUGAUCAGGGUGCUAGAUUAUAUAUUUGGUCUUGAUGGUGACGAAAGAAAAAUCUCUAGAACAAAGAUAUAUUUGCUUUUGGCAAUUACUAAUGGCUCUUCCAUCCUUCACUUUCACCUAUCCCUUAGUCUGUUGGACCGUUGGGGCUCUACACAAGAUUUGUCGGCUUUCUCCAUUCCUCUCUAUCUUUUGCCUAAGAUAGAACCUCUUUCAAUGACAGGACAGUUUAUUCUUUUAUGUUGUCUUCCUAUCUGCCUCCUCUUCUUUUUUUCUGGUUCUGUUCCAUGAAGGAGGGUCUUUGCGAGCCCCGAAGACCAUGUAAUAUGACCAGAGAGUUUUAGCUUGCGUUUUUUCUUUACAAUAUUUAGCAGGUCAUCGUGGGGUCCAAUCGCUGAAGGAACCCUGUCUUUAGUAUCUUCGUUUGUGUGUAGCAUCUCAAUUUCAUUGCUAGGAUCUUCCUCUUCUAUUCUAAAGUCUCUUUAAGAGUUAGUUUACCAUGACAACUGUCGUACAUGUUAUUUUUAGAAUAUUGAGUCAUAUUUCACUUGUACCAAAUUAACUGCGCACUGUCCUUUACGUUUAUGUUGGACAUUAAGAGUCACAUUCAGACGUGGUUUGUUGAUGUCAGAUGCAAUGUCAUUCAUUGUAAGGUACCAUUGCUAAACAUUAAAAUAUUAAAUACUUUUUUUUGUAUCUUCAAUCAGCCUGCACAAGAAAGUGUGUGUGUGGGGGGGGGGGAGGGGUAGCAAUGUUGAUUUAAGUAAAAAAUCUUUUGUUUUAAUAUUUUCUCACCCUUUUAUUGGUUUCCAUAUUAUUAUUAUUUGUUUCGUUUUUCGAAGAGACAUACACCAGGCGAUUGCUUUUUGUGAUAAUUUAGAAGACUAAAUCAUUGUUAUGGAUGGUUACCUAGUUGUUGUUUUUUUCUUAUUCAAUUCGGACUGUCGUCACGAUGAUUCCAAGUUCGAGUCCUUCCUGUUGUUUUUUUCUAUUGUUUUUUUAAUAGCUUUUAUAUAACGCAACUUUUCAUGCUUCCUUAGAGCGCUGGCUUUGGUCUCAUUUGUGGACCAGUGGGGAGAGGGGGAUAUAUGGGAGGUUUUCCAUGCAACCUUUAGGUGCUCAGUAAACAUUCAGCUCGUGUCGGGAUAUCUACCAUUGUAUAGUUAAACACUUGAUUGGUUGAAAGGAACUGAAGCAGCGACUGAUAAACACAUAAUUAACACAGGCUCUCAGAAUAUCUUCUCUUUUGAAAAAUGUCGGUGUUAGAGUCACAAGAUGUCAGAUCCGUUUUUAAUUAAAACGAAUAUAACAUUCCUUCAUUUCUUCAACGCAUGUCAUUCUUCAAUGUAUAUUUGUAAAUGUCGUUUUAAGAUCCUCAUUGAAUGAUUUCACAUGCACUCUUCAUAAACAAAACUUUGAACAUACAUAUUUUGCAAACAUAAACUUAUUCAUAAAAUUAUAAUCAUUGAUUUGAAUGUUUGUAUAACUAUUAUUUGCACAUGUCUCUACUCUCUUGAUUCCAGACUCAAUAAAGACAUUUCUAUAUCUUUUAA